AUGGACAUGGAGGAAGAGUAUUACGAUCAGUCGUACGAUGACGACGAGGAGGAGAUAACACAGGAGGAUGCGUGGGCGGUGAUCAGUGCCUACUUUGAGGAGAAGGGUUUGGUGCGUCAGCAACUCGACUCAUUCGACGAGUUUAUUCAGAACACGAUGCAAGAAAUCGUGGAUGAGUCCGCGGACAUUGAGAUCCGACCCGAAUCCCAGCACAACCCUGGUCACCAGCCUGACUUCGCCGAGACGAUUUAUAAGAUUGGUUUUGGUCAGAUAUACCUUAGUAAACCUAUGAUGACAGAAUCAGAUGGAGAGACAGCAACUUUGUUUCCUAAGGCUGCAAGGUUAAGGAAUUUGACAUAUUCAGCUCCCUUGUAUGUCGAUGUCACAAAGAGAGUUAUCAAGAAAGGUCACGACGGUGAAGAAGUUACUGAGACACAGGAUUUCACUAAAGUCUUUAUUGGGAAGGUUCCCAUAAUGCUCCGUUCUAGUUACUGUACGUUAUAUCAAAAUUCAGAAAAGGAUUUGACCGAGCUUGGAGAGUGUCCAUAUGACCAAGGUGGUUAUUUCAUCAUUAAUGGAAGUGAGAAGGUGCUAAUUGCUCAGGAGAAAAUGAGCACCAAUCAUGUAUAUGUGUUUAAAAAGAGGCAACCAAAUAAGUAUGCUUAUGUGGCGGAGGUCCGGUCUAUGGCAGAGACCCAAAACAGGCCACCCAGUACGAUGUUUGUCCGGAUGCUUUCUAGGACAAGUGCCAAAGGGGGCUCAUCGGGCCAAUAUAUCCGUGCUACACUUCCGUACAUUCGUACAGAAAUACCUAUUAUUAUUGUAUUCCGAGCCUUAGGAUUUGUUGCUGAUAAAGAUAUACUGGAGCAUAUCUGUUAUGAUUUUGCUGAUACCCAAAUGAUGGAAUUGUUGCGGCCCUCAUUGGAAGAAGCAUUUGUGAUACAAAAUCAACAGGUUGCUCUAGAUUACAUUGGAAAAAGAGGAUCCACUGUUGGUGUCACCAGGGAGAAGAGGAUCAAGUAUGCAAAAGAGAUCCUUCAGAAGGAGAUGCUUCCUCAUGUAGGGGUUGGGGAAUAUUGUGAGACAAAGAAAGCUUAUUAUUUUGGGUAUAUCAUUCACCGGCUUCUGCUGUGUGCCCUUGGCCGAAGGGCCGAGGACGAUAGAGAUCACUAUGGAAAUAAGAGACUGGAUCUUGCUGGUCCUUUGCUUGGUGGCCUAUUUCGAAUGCUAUUCCGAAAGUUGACCAGGGAUGUAAGAGCUUAUGUUCAGAAGUGUGUUGAUAAUGGAAAAGAUGUAAAUUUGCAAUUUGCAAUUAAAGCAAAAACUAUUACUAGUGGUCUUAAAUACUCGCUUGCUACUGGCAACUGGGGACAAGCAAAUGCAGCAGGUACAAGAGCUGGAGUUUCACAGGUGUUGAAUCGCUUGACAUAUGCCUCGACUUUGUCGCACUUGCGAAGACUCAAUUCUCCCAUAGGCCGUGAAGGGAAGCUGGCAAAACCUAGGCAGUUGCACAAUUCACAGUGGGGAAUGAUGUGCCCUGCAGAAACACCUGAAGGACAAGCAUGUGGACUAGUGAAGAAUCUUGCACUGAUGGUCUAUAUAACAGUUGGUUCGGCAGCAUAUCCAAUUUUAGAAUUUUUGGAGGAAUGGGGUACCGAGAACUUUGAGGAAAUCUCACCUGCCGUGAUUCCACAAGCAACAAAAAUCUUUGUGAAUGGUUGUUGGGUUGGUAUUCAUCGUGACCCUGACAUGUUGGUGAAAACUCUGAGACGUCUGAGGAGACGUGUGGAUGUCAAUACUGAGGUUGGGGUUGUUCGAGAUAUUCGUUUGAAAGAACUAAGGAUUUAUACUGACUAUGGUCGAUGCAGUCGUCCGCUGUUUAUUGUGGAAAAACAAAGGCUUCUCAUCAAAAAGAAGGAUAUUCAAGCCUUGCAACAAAGAGAAUCCCCUGAUGAGGGUGGCUGGCAUGACCUUGUUGCGAAGGGGUUUAUAGAAUAUAUAGACACCGAAGAAGAAGAAACAACUAUGAUUUCUAUGACGAUAAACGAUCUUGUGAGUGCGAGGCUAAAUCCGAAAGAGGCUUAUUCAGAUACGUAUACUCAUUGUGAGAUUCACCCAUCAUUGAUAUUGGGAGUUUGUGCUUCAAUCAUACCCUUCCCAGAUCAUAACCAGUCUCCUCGUAACACGUAUCAGUCAGCUAUGGGUAAACAAGCCAUGGGUAUAUAUGUGACCAACUACCAAUUUCGAAUGGACACUUUGGCUUAUGUUCUAUACUAUCCUCAAAAACCUCUUGUUACUACUCGAGCCAUGGAGCACUUGCAUUUUAGGCAGCUACCUGCUGGAAUUAAUGCUAUUGUUGCCAUUGCUUGCUAUUCUGGAUAUAAUCAAGAAGAUUCUGUAAUUAUGAAUCAGUCAUCAAUUGACCGUGGAUUCUUUCGAUCUCUGUUUUUCCGAUCGUAUAGAGAUGAGGAGAAGAAGAUGGGAACACUGGUCAAAGAGGAUUUUGGACGUCCAGAUCGAGCUAAUACUAUGGGAAUGCGGCAUGGUUCUUAUGAUAAGUUGGAUGACGAUGGCCUUGCUCCUCCAGGUACAAGAGUUUCAGGUGAGGAUGUGAUCAUUGGAAAGACCACUCCCAUAGCUCCAGACGAUGCACAAGGGCAAGCUGCCCGUUACACUAAGCGUGAUCAUAGCACGAGCUUGCGCCACAGUGAAACUGGAAUGGUGGAUCAGGUUUUGCUGACAACAAAUGCUGAUGGGUUGCGAUUUGUCAAAGUGAGGGUCAGAUCAGUUCGAAUUCCUCAAAUUGGAGACAAAUUUAGCAGCAGGCAUGGUCAGAAGGGAACAGUUGGUAUGACUUACACACAAGAAGAUAUGCCAUGGACUGUGGAAGGCAUCACUCCUGACAUCAUCGUGAAUCCCCAUGCUAUUCCUUCUCGCAUGACCAUUGGUCAGCUUAUUGAGUGUGUCAUGGGCAAAGUUGCAGCCCAUAUGGGUAAGGAAGGAGAUGCUACUCCUUUUACAGAUGUUACUGUGGACAAUAUCAGCAAAGCUCUUCACAAAUGUGGGUAUCAGAUGCGUGGUUUUGAGACCAUGUACAAUGGUCAUACAGGCAGGCAACUUACAGCAAUGAUAUUCCUUGGCCCUACUUACUACCAGAGGCUGAAGCACAUGGUUGAUGACAAAAUCCAUUCUCGUGGCAGAGGCCCUGUGCAAAUCCUCACAAGGCAACCUGCUGAGGGACGGUCUCGUGAUGGUGGUCUCCGAUUUGGAGAGAUGGAACGAGAUUGCAUGAUCGCACACGGCGCUGCUCACUUUCUCAAGGAAAGGUUGUUUGACCAAAGUGAUGCCUACAGGGUUCACGUUUGUGAGCGUUGUGGAUUGAUUGCUAUUGCAAACCUCAAGAAGAAUUCAUUUGAGUGCAGAGGAUGCAAAAACAAAACUGAUAUUGUUCAGGUUCACAUUCCAUAUGCCUGUAAGCUACUUUUCCAAGAGCUAAUGGCCAUGGCUAUAGCUCCGAGAAUGCUCACGAAGGAUAUCAAACAGUCCAAAGAGCAAAAGAAGAAAGGAGCUUGA